GACAAAUAUCUAAAACCUCAAACCUUCUAAAAGGAAAAGUUGGACUAAAUAAAACCCUUUCUUUCUUUGCCGUUAAACCCUAACCCCAGAAAACAGCUUCUUCUUCUUCUUCCUAGAAACCUCUUCUCUUCCAUUUUCACAUUUCAUACAUAUACAUAUACAUAUACAUAUACAUAUAUAUAUACCCACUAGAAUAAAAAUCAAUCUCUCAAACACCCGAGAGCCCUAAUACCCAAAUCCACCCACAAAAACCCCUUUCUUUUUCCACAUAAAGGUCACAGUUUCAUUUCUUCGUAAUCGAGAGAAACCCCAUGAUGGACGAUUCGAACGAUAAAAAGUACUUGACAUAUCACCCGUAUCAAGAUCUUUACAACGUGCCAGCACAAAGCCUAUACAAACUGCCCACGUCGCCAGAAUUCCUAUUUCACGAAGAAGCUUUAUGUCAACGCCGUAGCUGGAGCGAGAAUCUUCAAUACUAUACCGGAACCGGGUAUUUAUCGGGCGCAAUUGUCGGGGCAGCUAAGGGUUCAUUAGACGGAAUCCGAUCUGCAGAGCCUGGCGAUACAAUGAAAUUACGGGUCAAUAGGGUAUUGAAUUCGGGUGGGCAUAUGGGUCGGAAAUUUGGGAAUAAUUUAGGGGUAUUAGGUUUAAUGUUUGCUGGGAUUGAAAGUGUUUUGAUUCAUUAUAGAGAUGCCGAUGAUCUGAUUAAUACUGCUCUUGCCGGUCUUGGCACUGGUGCGAUUUAUCGCGCGGCUAGAGGCCCUAGGUCUGCUGCUAUUGCUGGUGCUAUUGGUGGAAUUGCUGCUGCUGCUGCCGUUGCGGGAAAACAGGUCGUUAAAAGAUAUGUUCCCAUUUGAAAAAGUCUUGAUUUUUGAGAGGCUGGAUAGGUGGUGUCUUAUUUUAGCCACUUGAGGUUUUUAUUAUUUCGGUAAUGUUUUAGAUGGUCUCUUUUUUCAUGGAUAUUUGGCGUAAUUGGAAUCAUGCUUGACUGCUUGUAGUGAAUACUAUUAUUGUUAUUAUCUUUUAUAAUCUAAUCUGCCGACUUGUCCUUUCUUGAUUGA